GCUAUCUUUUAAGUGCUGCCUACGAGAUUCAGAUCAUGUCACUACCUUGAUAAUAUUGGAUGCCUAGCGAUGUGUGGUGUUUUGAAACUGCAUUCAACUGAGUAUUCAUCCAAUCUUUGGUCAACAUCGUGAUGGCACCGGGUCUCUGCCCAAGGCAUCUACGAAACUUUACUCUGUCAGAUCCUUUCGAGGUCCAACAGUCUCGCCGCUGAAGAUAGCUGACCAGCCGGCGACCCGCCUACGCCUCGCAUACCAUCCCUGUACCAACGCAAUCGCAAAAGUUGAAACCAACAAGUGGGUGAUGCCCCGCCAAACCAGCAAAACCGCUGCCUAAACACCACAGACUCAAAAGAUCACGAUAUCCCGCUCUUGGCAUCAGGUUCCUACACCUCAGGCUUCACGCCACUCCCUCGCCAUCAAUUGCCAAUCCAAACCUCCUCCAAAUCUCAACUCAUCACCACAAUGGCCCCCUCCCCUCCCCGCAACCCCCCACAAUCACCCCCUAUCUUCACAACAACCCCAUCCCAAAUCCUCACCACAAUCAACACCCUCAUCUCAACCCACCGCGCAGCCCAAACCUCCAUCCCAUCAACAAUCUCACCCCAGGACGCAACCUACGCAAACAGCCUCUUGCCCCUAGCUCACGCCGAAAACGCCCUCUACUCCAAAUCCUCCCUCCUCCUCUUCCACAACGCAGUAUCCCCAGACCAAGAAACCCGCUCCGCCUCCUCCCAAGCCCGGUCUCUCCUCCGCGACGCAGAGCUCGAAGCCGCCAACAACGAAGCGCUCUUCAAGCUCGUCGACACAGUCUACAACGACGCCGCCGAAACGCGCUACUUAAACCCGGAAGCGAGGAACUAUCUCCACAAGAAACAUGGCGAAUUCGUCAAAAAUGGUCUCCGGAUCCCUGCUGGCUCGGAACGGGACCACUUCCGCGCAAUCCGUGCCGAGAUCGAGACAUUGACGGCAGACUUCUCAAAGAACCUCGCAGAGGCAGAUGUCUCGGUAUGGUUCACCCCGCGGGAACUAGACGGCUUCCCGCCCGACGCCCUCGCACGCCUCGAAGAAGGGGACGACGAAAACCCCGAGACGGCAGGAAAACUACGGGUCAAGAUCCCGCUCCACCUCUCCCACCUCCUCCGCACCGCCCACCGGCCCAACACACGCCGCCGCGCCCGGUUGGCCUACGACACCCGCUGCCACGAAAACAUCACCAUCUUCCGUCGCGUCGUCCUCCUCCGCCACGAAGCUGCCCGUCUGCUGGGGUACCCCGACCACGCGACCCUCAGUACGGUGGAGAAAAUGGCCGGGUCCCCGGCUGGCGUCACCUCUUUCCUCUCCUCUCUACGCGAGAAGCUAGUCCAGGGCGGACAAGCGGAAAAGGAACGGUUGCUAAAGCUCAAGAGGCAUGAUGUCGAGGAGGAGAGGGGCGAGAUUUAUGAUGGGAGGUUGUAUACGUGGGACACGGCGUAUUAUACGAACCUGUUGAUGAAGGAGUGGUAUGCUGUUGAUCAGGAGCGGAUCGCAGAGUACUUCCCGCUCGAGCAGACCGUGGAGGGCAUGCUGGGCAUCUUUGAGAGGCUUUUUGGGAUGGAGUUUUGCGAAGUUAUUGGCGGGGAGGCGAGGGAUGCCUUGUCAAGUACGGGGAAGGGGGAGGAUAUCGUCUGGCAUGAGGAUGUGCGACUAUUCUCUGCGUGGGAUUCUGCUGGUGAAGGGGGUGGGUUCCUGGGGUAUCUCUACCUCGAUCUCUAUCAUCGGAAUGGGAAGUACGGGAACCCCGCGAACUUCAGUCUCGUACCCGGCUUCACAAACCCAGAUCAAACCCGCACAUACCCCUCUACAGCCCUCCUCUGCUCCUUCCCGCCUCCUUCUUCCCCGUCCUUCCCAACCCUCCUCCGCCACGCCGACGUCGUAACCCUCUUCCACGAACUAGGCCACGCAAUCCACGACCUCGUCUCCCGCACCUCCUUCGCGCGCUUCCAUGGACCCAUGGGCACCGUCGUCGACUUCGGCGAGGCGCCCUCCCAAAUGCUCGAGAACUGGUGCUGGAUCGCGGAGCAGCUGCGGAAGCUUGGGCGGCAUUACUCGUAUCUUUCUGAGGAGUGUCUGCGGGAUUGGCGGGGGAAGCAGGUUGCCAGGGGCGUAGUAGGAGAAGCAGAGGAAGAAGGAGGAGAAGGACUACAACAGCCGCCGGAACGGAUCCUAGAGUCCGUCGUCGAGGGCCUCGUUGCCGCGAAGCCCGUAGGUCAGGGACUUGGAACGCUACAGCAGCUUUUUAUUAGUGUUUUCGAUAUGGCUGUGCAUCAGUUGCCUGCGGCCACCAUCACGCAAGAGGAUCUAGCUGCUACCCCUGCUAUGGAGGGAGAAGCCGCCGUGGACUUCACGACGCUCUGGAAUAAUCUCCGACGAGAAAUUGUUCCCACAGACGAUCCGCCUCUUCUGUCAGGCGACGACGCUAACUGGGGCCACGGAUAUACUAACAUCGGACAUCUGAUGGACGAGUACGAUGCCGGGUUUUACGGGUACUUUUUCUCAAAAGUCUACGCCCAAGACAUCUUCUCCACCAUUUUCGAGGCGGACCCCAUGAGCGCGGAAGCAGGGCGCAAGUAUAGGUACGGCGUGCUGGAGAAGGGGGGCGGACAGCCCGAGAUGACGACCUUGUUGGAGUUCCUCGGUCGCGAGGUGCAGAUGAAACCAUUCUAUGAGGAACUGGGAUGGUCGGCGUGAAUUUUGCCCCAUUUGCGUCCGGGGAAGCGAUGGUUGCAUCACAUCGCGAACCUUGUAGGUCUUUGCCAGGAUACCUAGGAUACUACCUUAUAUACCAGCGACACGAGCCGCUUCGGACGGAUUAGAAUCACAUAUCAGGUCUAGAGAUUUGUGUGAUUACAGUGGGGGAAACAAACAAUCGCCCUAGGAAGAAGCUAAUCAAUUGGAAA